ACGUCAAUAAUCGCUCUCGGAGCGAUUAACCCAGGGCCAGUCGAACACGCUAUAUGAUUGGUUAAUUUCUUACUCUCAUCUCUUAUAACUCAUACUUUUCUCCCAUUAAAGUCGUUCUACAUUAGUUGCAAGUCAAUUGCAACUCUUGUUGUGACAGCCAAUCAGAAGCGUCAAUAGCACCAAUAAUGUUUCUGAUUGGCUGUCGCAAUAAGAAUUGCGUUUACUUGCAAUAGGCUUACAACUAAUGUAGAACGACCUAUAGGCUGUGUUCUUUUAUUCGCGAUAGAUGCAGCCGAUGUCAUUCUAUUCUUGUUUAACAUUCGGUAAAAUUGAAAGAUAACAUGACAUCAGCUGUAUCUGUUGCAAAUAAAAAAACGCAGCCUUAUAAAUAGUCCUUCAGUCUGUUUAUUUUUUAAGAACUUUUAAAUUAAAUAAGUUAGAAUGAAAGAAAGUAUAUUUGUUUCAUUCUAAUUUAUUGCAUUAAUAUAGUAAUGCUUUGAAAACGAACAAACCUAAUAAUAAACCCAUAACGUGUUGCAAUAGCCAAUCAGUGAUACAGCUUUAUAAUAUUGACGUUUCUAAUUGGUUGUUACAACUCCAGACUAAAAAUACAAGUUUUGUAAUAAGUGCUUCUAAAGAUGUGUUUGCAUGAAACGAUUUUAUAGAAUGAUCGUUUCAAAAUAAUUGUCUUGAUACAGAAUUGUAUAGAUUAAUUAAGAAAAUACAAAUUCGUACAUUAAUCUUUUUAUUUAUUUCUACCCGUUAAAUAAAGCGUAAAUUGUGUGUGACCGAAAAUAGAGAUUUAAACUAUAUACUUUUUAGAACUUUCAUAACAGGAAGGAAUUUAAUUUAACCUCAAUGCAACUGGUUCGUGCUUGAGAAUUUAAUUGUAAUUACAUGUAAUCUCCAUAUGGUGAAUUUGCUCUCAAUUGAUCCUGUUGACAGUGCAAAGUGCUUUUGAUCGUUGUAAGAUAUAUUUCUGAUUUCAUUGCAAAAAUCAUGGCAUUGCAAUUACAAAUCUUGUCGAACGUUUUGCAGCGACUAAAAAAUACAAAAACUGCAGCAACUGGCUAUCUUUAUGGUAUUAUGUACAAUGAUACACUUGUGGUGCUAACAUUCAGCAUAAAUGAUUGUGAUAGUGAGGAUAAGAAUUUAAUUGACUACAUGGCUCUACAAUUAAAUUUACCUGCAGAUAUAUAUUGCUGUGGUAUAUUACAAAUUGGUGAAUGUGAAAAUAUAAAUCCAGAUGUGUUCAAAGAUAUUGACAUCACUGAUAAUCCAUUACUUUUAAAAUAUUCACAUAGUACAUUAAAAGUACAAGCAUAUUUUUAUAUGCAUCAAAAAUUAGAAGUUGCCAAUGAUUUCACUGUUAUUAGCGAAGAUGAUCUUUCUCAACAAUUUGUAUAUAUUAGAUUGCAAGCAACACUCCCAUUAGUUACUCAAGAUGGAAAUAUAUUGGAAGUAUUAGAGGAGUCACGAAAAAAUAUUGCAUCAGGAAAGAUAGGGAUACAUUUCCCCACAAACAAUGUAUAUCUUUUCAGAGCUGAUAAUGACUCAAAAGAUACACUGAUAAAAGAUAUUUUACCUGUAUCCAAAGACUAUGAUAAAUCUUUAAAAAAAUCAAAUCAGAUAAAUUAUUAUACAGGGGUUAUGAAUAUUAUAUACGCACACAUGUUAUUGAAGAUAUCAGGUGAGAAGAAUUCUGAAGAAUCUGUCAAAUAUGCUCCAGUGUUGCAGCAUAUAAAAAAAUCUUUUAACAGUCUGGAAUGCAGUUUACAUAUUGAUGCAUUAUCACUGGUAAAUUUAAAUAUAAAAUCUGCGGAACUACAUGCAAUUCUUGUAGAAUCCAUUUGCCGAAAUAUUAGAUUAAUUGAGAUACAACAAGAAAUACAAUCCAAGGAAACAGAGCUAUCUACAAAAUUGCCUGAGAUAUUGCAUUUUAAACCUCAAGGUUGUGGGCAUUUAUUUACAGUAGCAUAUCCUGGCAAUUUUAGCAAUGACAAUACAACGGAAUAUCGUAAGGCUUUACACAAGGCUUUAGCAUUUGAUUUAACUAGACCAUAUUUCCGACGUGGAAAUGCUGUAAAAUUGGACACACAAACAAAUGAGAUACUUAUAAAUCCUCAUGAAGCCCUUUUACAUAAAGGUGUUACAGGAAAACUUAAUGCCAUAUAUGGUUUGUAUUCAUAUCAUCAUUAUAUGCAAGAUGACUUUGAUGAUAAUGGAUGGGGAUGUGCCUACAGAUCUCUUCAAACUAUAAUUUCAUGGUACAGAUUACAGGGCUAUACCGAUAUAUCAAUACCUACGCAUCGCAAAAUACAGCAAUGUUUAGUUGACAUAGGCGAUAAACCAUCUGCUUUUAUUGGCAGCAAACAAUGGAUCGGUUCCACCGAAGUUAGUUUCGUGUUAUCGACUCUCCUUAAUAUAGAUGCAAAAAUACUGCAUGCAGCAGACGGAGAGGAGAUGUCAGUCUUAAUUCCACAAUUAGCAAAUCACUUUGAUACUCAGGGUACACCUGUCAUGAUUGGUGGUGGAGUAUUAGCCCAUACAAUUUUAGGAGUCACUUUUGACGAGCAUUCUGGAGAAGGAAAAUUCUUAAUUCUAGAUCCACAUUACACAGGUGCAGAAAAUUUAUCUACCAUAUUAAACAAAGGAUGGUGCGGAUGGAAAACAAAAGACUUCUGGAAAAAAGAUGCAUUUUAUAAUAUGUGCCUUCCACAAAGACCUAUAACCUUCUGAUAUUGAAUAUAUUGAAUUGUACAUAAAUUUUCUAAAUUUAAUGUGAAAAUACACUAUAUGUGUUUAUAUAUGUGCAUGUACGUGCACACACACACACACAACACGUAUGAUAGUGUUCGCAGUCGAGUAUUGCAUCAUAUUACAGUAAUAUUUUUAAGAAAUUAUUUGUUUACCACAUGUUAUACAAUAGAAUAAAGAUAAUAAAUAUACAUGUAAUAUUUUCUUGGCUAAGUGA